AUGCGGCUCGACUUCUAUUCGCUCAUGCUAUUAUUUCCGAUUAGCUUUGGGAGCAGCGAAGAAGAAAACUUGGAACAACAACAUUUCAAAACGCGGCCUCAGAGCGUGCAGCUAAUCGAAGGACAAACCACAGAACUUCAAUGUCAAAUAGGAAAUUUAGGAGGUCAAGUACAAUGGAGCAAAGAUGGCUUUGUUUUAGGUUACGAAGCUGACAUUCCCGGUUUCCCACGCUAUCAAAUGAUAGUGGACGAGCCCCGGGGUAUCUACAACCUGAAGUUGAAUAAAGUUACGUUGGACGAUGAGGCGGAAUAUCAAUGUCAGGUGGGGCCAGUUCCGGAUCAUCGAGCGAUUUGGUCGGCGGCCUACGUCACCGUAUUGGUUCCGCCGAAACAAAUCGAGCUCCGGCACAAAGGAAACGACAGCGGCACGCUGGACGCUGUUGAAGGAGAUCAGCUGUCUAUGAGCUGCUGGGUGAGAGAUACUAAACCUCCUGCGAGCAUACGUUGGUUCCGAAACAAUCAACCCUUGGAAAAAGAUAAAGUGCAGAAGCGCAUCGAUACGAACGGUGAACGCGAGCUCAGCUCUGUCUUCACCAAGGUGGAAAUCUACCCCAGACUCGAUGAUGCGAGGGCCGUCUUCACCUGCGAAGCACAACAUCCGGCUCUCAAAGCCCCAUUGCGUUCCAGUGUUGUUCUGAAUGUCCUCUAUGCCCCGAACGCCCCGGAAAUCCAGGGCUAUCCCGAACGAGAACUCAUGUCAGGAGAUUCCCUGACCCUGGUUUGCAUCUCUAGAGGAGGCAACCCCCCGGCUCGUUUAGAUUGGUUCAAGAACGACACGCCCGUUCGCUCGAGGUAUCGACAGGACGAUCAUGAGGCUAUGGCGACUUACAGUAUCAUGGUGUCUGACCAGGAUGACGGCUUCGUACUCAGAUGUGACGCCUCCAACGCUGUGGUCCCAAUGCCACUGUCAGCCUCUCUGACUUUGACGGUCAAGCCUUUUAAUCUAGCUAUACAUCAGAGUCGCCAGAAGAAGCGGAAGAUGGAUAUCAGAAACAGAAAAUGA